AAGAGAAACAUGGCAGUCGGCGAUGAACAGCAACAGGCACACAGACCUGGGGUUUACAAACAGAAAAACAAACAACACAAACAUGGAAAGCACCGAACAAAGGGCGAGAUCGAUCGGGAUAAUAAGGGUCGAACAUCGGUGAUGACACUCACCAAGAAGCAGAGGAAGGAGGCAAGGAAGAUGGACCGCCGACAUAAGGCCCUUCAGCUGCGACGUAACAAGAAGGACCUGGUGCUGACGGAGAAGCGGCGUCUGGGCGGCAGGGACGGACCCCCCCACCUGGUGGCGGUGGUGUCCCUGCACACGAGAGCCGACGCGAGCGCCGUGACACGCUUUCUGCGCGGGGAGAGAGCCGGGGGCCUCGUGCAGGAGAAAGGGGGUGUGGCCUGGGCCUCUGACAGCUUCGGUCUCUUGGUUCCCCGUUUCAAGCAGCGGUUCGUCUUCAUCAGGCCAGACACAGCGGACCUGCACUCUCUGUUGGAUGUGGCCAAGGUGGCGAACAGCCUGCUGUUUGUGCUGGACUCCACGGAGGGCUGGGACAGCUAUGGAGAUUACUGCCUCUCCUGCCUCUUCGCACAGGGGUUACCCAGCAUUGCGCUGGUCUGCCAGGGCAUGUCGGACCUGGGGGUGAAGAAGCGGGCGGAGGCCAGGCGGGUGCUGCUGCGUACGGUGGAGACGCGCUUCCCCGAGGCGCGGCUCUUCUCGCUGGACACGGAGGAGGAGGCCCCGCUGCUGCUGAGGCACCUGGGAGAGCAGAGGCAGAGGAGGCCGGGCUUCCGCUCGCGCCGGGCGCACCUGCUCGCCCAGCACGCGUCCUACGCCCCCGGCGACGCCACGGGGACGGGGACCCUGCGCGUCUCGGGGUACGUGCGCGGCCGCCCCCUGCAGGUCAACAGGCUGGUGCACAUCGUGGGACACGGAGACUUCCAGCUCAGCCGCAUCGAGGCUCCCCCCGACCCUUUGCCCCUCACCUUCGCAUCCUCCUGCCCAGGGAAACCUAAGAAAGGAGGCGAUAUAGAGAUGCAGGAUGUGGACGGUGUGGACGUUGCCGCUGUGCGGCUGCUGAUGGAGGCUGACCCCUCGCAGAGGGAGAGCCUGCAGACAGAGGCGGAGGUCGACCCCAUGAACGCAGAGCAGACCUGGCCCACAGAAUCUGAGCUGCUGGAGGCUGAAGAAGCUAGAAAGAAUAGGAGAAUAAUAAAGGUGCCCAAGGGGACGUCGGAUUAUCAGGCUGCCUGGAUCCUGGAGGAAGGAGAGGGGAACGAGCAGGACGAUGACGGGGAAAGCAGUGAGGAUGAUGAUGAUGAUGAUGAAGGCAUAAUGGAGGAGGGAAUGGAUGGAGAGGAGGAGGAAAAUGAGUCUCAGGAUGCAGGUUCUGGUUGUGCCUCUGAGGAAGAGGAGGAAGAGGAGGAGGAAAUAACUUCCAGUGGGGGAGGCCAUGCAGAACAGCGAUAUGAUGAACGGAUGGAUGAGGCUGAGGAAGAGGAGGGGUUGCGACGCUACCGCGAAGCACGCAUGAAUGACAUGUUUCCUGAUGAAAUAGAUACACCUAUAGACACCCCAGCCAGGACCAGGCUCCAGCGCUAUCGGGGGCUGAAGAGUUUUCGCUCCUCGCCCUGGGACCCCCUGGAGAACCUGCCCCCGGACUACGCGCGCAUCUUCCAGUUUCAGAGCUUCGAGCGCACGCGCCGGCGUGUCUUGGCCGAGGCGGCGCAGGAGGAGGAGGGGGCGAUGGUGGGCUGGUACGUUACCCUGCACAUUGAGGACGUCCCGCCUUCGGUGAUGGAGAGUGUUCAGGCUGGUAGGCCCCUGGUCCUGGUCUCCCUGCUGCCCCAUGAGCAGAAGAUGUCCGUGGUGAACAUGCUGGUAAAGCGACACCCAAGCAACACGGAUGUCAUCAAGUCCAAAGAGGAGCUGGUGUUCCAGUGCGGUUUUCGCCGAUAUCGGGCUUCCCCCAUCUUUUCCCAGCACACUUCAGCCGACAAGCACAAAAUGGAGCGGUUUCUGGCAGCAGGCGCCCCCGCUGUGGUGUCUGUGUACGCCCCCAUCACCUUCCCCACAGCCGGGGUGUUGCUGUUUAAGGAGAGGGCUGGAGGCAUUCAGGAUCUGGUGGCUACAGGCUGCCUGCUGAGCUGUGACCCUCAGCGUGUGGUGCUGAAGAGGAUCGUGCUGAGCGGGCACCCCUUCAAGAUCAACCGCCGCUCCGCAGUGGUCAGAUACAUGUUCUUCAACAGAGAGGACAUACUGUGGUUUAAACCCGUGGAGCUGCGCACUAAGUGGGGCCGAAGAGGACACAUCAAGGAGGCACUGGGCACUCAUGGGCACAUGAAGUGUGUGUUUGACAACCAGCUGAGAUCUCAGGACACUGUGCUGAUGAACCUGUACAAGAGAGUGUUUCCCCGCUGGACGUAUGACCCCUAUGUGCCCCUCCCCCUGCCCUGGGUUAAGAGAGAGGGGGCUGAGGAGAUGGACUUGGUCAGCAUGGAGUAGAAACAGGAAGGAGAGACUGUCUACCCCAGGUGUCUGUCACUACAGUGGGGAAAGGGUGAAGACGUGAAGAAUGAAAUCAUUUCCUCUUCAUAGAGAAAAGUGCCUCCUUGUCAUUGAAGUAAAAUCUCUUCUAACAGAUCAUGUCUGAUUUCUUCAUCCCCUGCUUUGAGCGAAGGGAUAUCAAAGCUGUUAGUCUUCCAUUCACUCACCUACAGGAUAGACUAUUUCUGGUCACUGUCAGACAUAUGAAGAUUUUCACAGUCAAUAAUGAACAUUUCCAUGUUUGGUAUAAUGCAUGCGUAUCAAGUCUUUUCAGUCGGCCAGAUGGUUUUGGACAUAAUUUUGACCAUAAUUUUCAUUUUAUCUAGAAAUGCUGCAAAUUGGUUGUCUUACGGCAGCUAUUCUGAGCAUCAGCCUGAGAACAAUUUGGUCUCAUGUCAAUAUAUCAGCGUGAGAAGUUUAUCUGAAUUGUGGAAAAUUCAGAUAUUUAUAUUGCAAAAAAUGUUCCUUUCAAUACAAGAACCAAGACAAUGUCACCCUGGUAGAUAUUGAGAAAACUGAUGUAUUCCUGAAAUUGCUACAAAAUCUACUGGCAACCAGAGAAUGUGGUCUAUGAAUAUGAAACUUUUAUGUCCCUUAACCCACUACAAACAUGCAGUGAAAUGAGAUUUCAUUAACUUGUAAGAACUUCAUAAAGCCAUUAUAUUUUUAAGCAUCUGUCCAAACGUGGUGUAAAAAACAUACAAAUCUGAAUAAAUGCAAUAUACAUUCAGUAUCUUUUGAUUUGAUGCCCUCACUUUCAGAUAAAAUAGUACCAAAGCACCUCCUGUCACUCCCAUCAGCCCUCAAGGGCAGUACACUGUACCCCUAAGCCUGUUCCAGAAAUGACUGCAGUAUAAUUGGAAAUUCACUCAGAUAAAUGCAAUACAGAGACACAAAAAGUCCAUCACCUAGAUAAAAAACAAAGAUGAAAAGUUCAUUAUUUUUGCUUAUUAUUUCGACUGAUGAGUGUACUUCAGUAGUUGGCUAUGAGGUGUUCAGAUCAAGUCAGUGGGGUAGUGCCAAAUCCUCUAAUGAGCGUCCACUGAAUCUCUUGAGUGGCUUGGGGAGUAAAAGUGCAGCCUGAGCCCAAUGGCCCAGCUCAAAAUCUGUUAUUUUCUGACAAUGACCAGGAGCCUACAUCUGUGGAACAAAUUGGCUUUGUACCACAGGGGACAAAUGUGGGUACAUUGGCCAUGGUUCCCUUGUCUCCCUGCUCUUGAUGGCGUCGGAUAGCAUCAGGAGCAACUAGACUUUUUUCUGUGACAAGACAGUUGGUAAACAAACAGAACCUCUCUGGGUUCAGUCUCAGACCAUUUAGAGUCAAUCAGACAUGCUGCUGAGAGGAUCAGGCUGAGCAGCUGAGUGUGGGGUCAAGAGUCACUGUUGUUGUGUAAUCCAGAUGUUUGCAGCACAGCAAGGAGAUGAGAAAGUGGAGAGGUUAGGUUGCAGCUUUGUCACUGAGGUAUUCUUAAAGCUGCAGGCUGUUUUAUUUAUGAAUCCUGUUAC